CGUAGCCCCCAGGCUCCGUUCAAGAACAACGACUACAGAUUUCGCUAGAAAGCGCAACUUUUUGUGCCGGCGAUUGCCCUCUACUCCUGCAGGCUUUAGCGUUUAGCAGUGUCUGUUGGAGACCCGGAUCUCAACAGAAAGAGUUAAGAUUGUACGCCUAAUGUUGGACAUUAACCAUGUUGGAAAAUGAAGCUAAUCCAACUAUCAGCAAGUCAACUGGCCUGCCUCGGAAGCGGUUCUACCGUGCUAGAGCACACAGCAACCCUCUAAGUGACUCUCACUUCCCGAUACCAAUCUCCCCCAGUGAAGUUGAUUAUUCCCUUCAUUACCCUCAAUUAUUCCCUUCAAAUGAUCAGCGAGAUAAAAACAAAAAGAUUGAAUUUGCUGAUAUUGGCUGUGGUUUUGGAGGCCUUUUGAUUAGUCUUUCGACCCUUUUCCCGGAAACCCUGAUGAUUGGAAUGGAACUUCGGGAUAAAGUAACAGAGUAUGUUAAGGAACGGAUCUUAGCUUUGAGAGUAGCAAAUCCUGGCCAGUACCAAAACAUUUCAGUAGAUCGAACGAAUUCCAUGAAGUACAUUCCAAACUACUUCGAAAAAGCACAACUUUCGAAAAUGUUUUUCUUGUUUCCAGACCCUCAUUUCAAGGAGAAGAAUCAUCGCCGACGCGUAAUCAGUCCAUACUUGCUUGAUGAGUACGCAUAUGCUCUGAGAGUUGGUGGGAUUAUAUACACAAUCACAGAUGUGGAAGAGCUUGGAGAGUGGAUGAAAACUUGUCUAGAGAAUCACCCUUUGUUCGAAGCUCUAACAUCGGAAGAGCUUGAGGCCGAUCCAGCCGUGAAGCUUUUAAGUUCUGCAACUGAAGAAGGACAAAAGGUUGCAAGGAAUGAGGGACAGACCUUUCAGGCUGUUUUUAGACGCAUCAGUGCAGCACCAUGAUUGGAAGGAGUGAGUUUUCUUGGUUCAUUUGAUUGAGGCAAUGAAUUGUUUUACUUGAGCUUAUGCAUACAUCCCAAGUCUUUACUUUGUAUUCUAUUUUCUGCUCUUGUAAGAGAUGCAUCUUAGAAAUUUUAUCUAAUUUACUUCAAGUGUGAGCUAAGCUGAGAAUUUUUUACCUAAUCUGUCAUUUCAAAUCAGUUUGAUACAGUUUCUGUUU